ACACACACACACACACACACACACACACACACACACACACACACACACACACACACACACACACAUACAUGCCGUCGCAGACAACUUGUUUCUCAGCAAAGACAGUUUAGUCACCCAGCAAGCACGACAGGAGCUGGUCGACCCUUAACCAUCUGCUACAGAAGAAGAAGCUAAAAAGAAACGCCGCCAUGGGGAAAGGAUGCAUCACAGUCACCAAGUAUUUUCUAUUCCUCUUCAACCUCCUCUUCUUUGUCUUCGGAGCAUUGAUCAUGGGCUUUGGCCUGUGGAUCCUCUUUGAUAACCAGAGCUUCAUUGCUGUUCUACAGGAAUCAUCAGACACGGUAAAAGUGGCUUCCCACAUCCUCAUCGCUGUCGGCUCCUUGUCCAUGGCCAUGGGCUUCUUCGGCUGCAUAGGAGCCAUCUACGAGAUUCGUUGUCUCCUGGGUUUGUACUUCACCUGCCUCCUGCUCAUCCUCAUCGCCCAGGUCACUGCUGGAGUUCUCAUUUACUUCCAAAGAGAACCGUUGAAAUAUGAGAUGUCCAACAUCAUUAACACUAUGAUAAUCAACUACACCGGCACGAACAGGACCACAGAGCACACCUGGGACUACAUUCAGAGGACGAUGAAGUGCUGUGGAUGGACUGGUCCAGGCAACUGGACUGAGAACAUUUUGAUCAAGAACAGCUCCCAGAACCUCUACCCAUGUUCCUGUCGCAAUGAGUCCAGGCCUGGCACUGACAUUAAGGAUGUAGGGAUGUGUGAUCACCUGUCCCAAGAACUACCCAUCUAUGAAACGGGCUGUGUCACCAGCGUGGAGAAAUGGCUGCUUGACAACUGUGGAGUUAUUCUGGGUAUCUGUGUCGGUGUGGCAGUCAUUGAGCUCCUCGGGAUGAUUCUCUCCAUGUGUCUGUGUAAGAGUGUCGUCCAGGAGGAUUAUACCAAAGUACCGAAGUACUGAGCAAAAGUCGGAGCCAGCUUCACACCGCACGCAGAUGCAUGGACUCUCUUCCUCUGACUCUUUCUCUCUCUCUUUCCUUGUUUCAUUUUCUUAUGAACACACACAAAUUAAGACAGCUGUCUCCACCACUUGAGCCUCUCCUGCUUUCACAGCUGUUCAAAUUUCUCACGCCCCAUAUGUCCCACAAACACACACACACACACACACACACACACACACACCUUUCAAUUCAUUUUUGACACACUUGUCGGACAGAAGUCUACAAGUUACCAUUGUUGUCUUAUCAUUUUAUAUUUUUUAAGGAGACAUGAGUGAGGUUUUUUCGGUGGAAGCCUGAGAAUUGUGCAUUUUUUUAUAUUAUGCAAACAUUCAUUGAUGUGUUGUUUUUGUUUUUCUUGGCUGACCUCGGUGAAGCGCUUAACAUAGUUAGUAGAGAGAGCACUUUAGUGACACUUGGUGAGCAGAGAGCCCGUAACUGACGGGCAUGGAGAUGAGAGGGAGACGGGAUGGUGUGGGUGGGUGCGUGGUCGACGCUCUUGAGGAUUAAUGCCACUUUGUGAUCAUGCAGCUGGUAUUUUUGGUGCAGAGGGGUGGAGGAGAGGCCCAGGGCAGGGCUGCUGUGGUGGAGAAUUUAGCUUCUCUCAUCAGCUCCUUAUACCCGGCAGCCCUGAUAUUAACCUCCGUUUACAUCCACCGCCUCCUUCUCCCUCCUGCUAUCCAUCAUCUGUGAGCGUCUCAAAAUCACGCCUUGGCCCUCCUCUCGGGUGUGUCUGACUGGUAACCGGUAGCUUUCCAAAAUGGCUAGUUUUGCAUGAAGUAAUUGUUUGUAUGAUGUGUUGAGUGAAUAUUUGUAUUUCUUAUUUUAUAUUCUCAUGUCAUCUCUGUUUUUUAUACAACUGUAUAUAUAUGACUGUUAAGGGAUUAUGGCACUUCAGUGUUUGGUCAGCGGUUUAUAUGGGAAUGCUGUCACCCACAUGCUCUUGUUUUAAGAGUCCUAUUGUUCCUGGUUUCCUCUCUAUUGUUUAUGAUGUACAGAAUGUGGCGGCCACAGCAGCCCGUCAGCGCUAUUUCGGUCUGGAUCAGAGAAAUUGGAACCCUUAAAGUGAAUCUGUCAUCACUCUUAAAGCGAUGUUUUUAUUACUUUAACAUAGCAUGAGUUAGUGAACAGACAUCCUGUCAUAUCGCCUGCCCUAAACAUUUUUAUUUAAGCUCCUCACACCUGCCAUUAUUUAAAAAGAAUAUUCUGUAUGUAUGUACACGGCAGCUGUGUGACCACAACGUAUUUCCCUUAUCUGGAUCAUUUGCUGUGGUUUUGCCUGUUUUUAUAUUAUCAUAACAAGAGCAGAACAAAAACAUUAGAGUCUUGCAGUGAUUGCAUGUUACAGAGGCCGCUAUGACCCGGAAAUGUUAAUCAACUCGUGUUAUAUUUGCUAAAACAUAUUUAUACAUUAACGCUGCUCUUAGUAUCCUGAUUCCACUUCUGGUCCUCUUCAUAUCAAAUCACUAUAAUUGGUGAAUUAAUGGUUAAUUUAGUGGAUAUGUUGCACUUCAGCAGUCUGUCAUUUCAAAUCAUGAUCAUCAUUGUGUACAAAGGGCAAAAAGUUUCAAUUUAAAUAAAACAAGGAAAUAACUGUUUCUGUCAGAA